ACGUCACUUGUCGUCAUGUUCACGCAUGUUUGACCGCAAGCAAAAACCUUGCUUUGACUUCCUUGUCUUCCCAAUAGAACAAAAAACAAGGAACUAUGUGCGCUGCUUAUUUUUCUUGUCUCGCGUGCAGAAAAAAAUGCACUAGGCUAUCCCAUGUUUUUGCACGGCAGAUGUGACCUUGGACCGGCCCUGUUUGUAAGUGUUGAGAGAAAGAGAAAGUGUUUGGCAAAAAAAACCCUGCAUUGCACCCACACACCCUCAUGGAUUAAAAAUGGCAAUGAGGACGUGAGCACAUGUCUAGGUUUAUGUAAACAUGGUGAACGCUGCUUUCGGCCAGAUUUCGUGGCCGGAAUUUACUCUUCUGAGGGAAAAGCUUUACCGUACGUACAGGUACAUACGCACGAGGGAACUCACGCGACGUGCGGUUCACGGCGGCGAUUUUUGUCAUCGGAUGGCUUCCGCACCCCCCGCUCAAAUCGCGAGGAGUGCUUAUCAAAGCGGCGAGCUGAAAAUAAGGGUGGAUGGAGGCAAGGGUCUAGGUCUGGUCUCUCGCGUGCGAGUUGUGUGGCGGUGGUCCCAUGUUCGCUUGCACCUGGGGAGAAGGGAGAGCCCUGUGGCGUUGCUAGUCACGUUUGUUAGUCGACUCAAGUCGGACAACCCGCCCGUCCGCUUGUUACUCUAGGAUGAAGGCUGUUAGGCUAGGAGAAGACUCCGGUUUGCGCAGGGUCAUUGCUGGCUAUUCUUUCCCUCGGUUCAAGCCACUAAACUAGGCCACGCCCCACGCAUCAUGUCAUGGUCUGCAUUUUCAG